AUGUGCAGAUAGCUUAGCCAGCUCAUUGGGUCUUCGCUUUUGACAAGAUCUUGUCACACACCUCCCAACUCGCCUACGGUACUAGUCUAGCACCAGUAUUUCUGCCAUUGAUUGUCGUGCUUGUGAGUGAGGUAAGACAGAGAUAGAUACAGUUUCAGCUACCGUAGCUAGUAGACAAUGAGUGAUCCUGUCUCGCUGGAAGCCGAGUCUGAAUCGAAGGAUCGAAAGUCUCUUCAGCAGUAUCUGAAAUCGAAGGGUUUGUCCGCGACGGGUACAACGGCUGUGCUUCGUGCGCGAUACGUACAAGCCCGUGGUUCCGAGGUUGCGGGAGUUACGAUUGACUUGACGGGUGAUGAUUCACCAGUCCCAAUUAAGAAGAAAGCUCCUCCUGCCAAGAAAAAGGCUCCGCCCGUGGCUGCCAACAAGAAGCGAGCGGCCGCAUCCUCAGAUGAAAAGCGCUUGAAACGCUAUCGCACCACGUGCUCGGGAGCCGUCCGACAGCGCAUUCAACGUGCCAAGACGCAGCGUCUGUUUCUGGUCGAUCGUCCCCAAGAAGAUGACAAUGGCCACAAGUUUUGCGUCAUGGGAUCCACGGGCAACUUGUACACGGUCAAAAUUUCCAAGUUGGUGCAUUGUUCUUGUCCCGAUCAUGCCAAGGGCAAUGUCUGCAAACACAUUUUAUUCGUCAUGCUCAAGGUGAUUGGGUUGCCGGAUACGUCUCCUCUGAUUUAUCAAACGGCGCUAUUGACCAGCGAGCUGGAAGAAAUCACCCAGCAACUCCAACUGCGCCGGAAUUCCGUCGGUCCUCGCGUCAUGGCCAAUGCCCGUGUCCAAAAGGCAUAUCAGGAAAUGACGUCUCCGGCCGCCAAAACGGAUACACCAGCAGCAGCAUCCCCAGAAAAUGACAGUAAUAAGCGACAACAGAUCGAAGGAGAUUGCGCCAUUUGUUUUGAUGAAAUGGCCUGUAACCAAGACUUGGUCUUUUGUCGGGCCGUCUGUGGCGCCAACUUUCAUGCCGCUUGCAUGAACCAUUGGAAACGGGCCAAUAAACAUAAUACCACCUGUCCCAAUUGCCGGUCAGCAUGGCAAGAAGAAGAACAAGCAGACGAAAGUGCCAAGAGUAACGCGGAGGAUGGAUAUGCCAACUUGGGACAAUUGCAAGGACAACCGGGGAACGGGAUACCAGCAGUUACUCGGAAUGGUACACGUACCGCAAUUAUCGCAAUCGACGGGCUGGACGUCGUUAGAAAUUGACGCAGGACGAGGAAAACAGUGAAACGGAACAUGGAUCACGAGGGGUUUGAAGCACAUGAUUUGUUGUUCUGGGAUUGCAUCCCCAAUAACUGGAAUAAAAAAGACUUUGUAUCGGCGUUUGUUUGAUGCUGUAGCUGUGUCUUCCGACUGUCGUUCUCGUACC